AUGGAUUCCGCAAACUCGACCGGCCUCAGCUCCAACGAGUACGACAUCGUUUCCAAGGAGGAGGAUUGUUCUACUUCUGUGGAUGUGGAUCAUGAGACAACAUGCUGGGGUUGUGGGCUACGAGUUCUUGUUUCUCCAUAUGCGUCUGUUUUCAAAUGUGGCUGGUGUGGAUCUAUAACAAAGCAAAGCACGUUGAAAUGUGAAAACCAGUACUUCAAGUGGAGGCGCUUACGAGACCAGUGUUUUGUCAGUAUUGUCCUUCUAUUUAUGCUAUGCUUUAUGUGUGGUGGUGUUUGGGCAGUUUUUCCUAUCAUCUUUUCCAUCAGUUUCUUUUGUGGUGUUUUUCACUUAAUAGUAGCAGUAAUCUUGUCUAUAUCUACUUUGUCUACAUUUUGCUUAGCGGCAUUUCGACCUGCUGGUUCUCCACCAACUAUAUUGUGGGGUAGCUACCCCACUGUGGGGAAAGGUGGACUGGAGAACUUCACCUUCUGUCACUAUUGCUCGAAGCCAAAAUCGCCAAGGACACAUCAUUGCCGUUCAUGCGGAAUUUGUAUAUUGGACAUGGAUCAUCACUGCCCAUUUAUCGGGAACUGCGUUGGCGCAGCAAAUCACCGGAGCUUCAUUCUCUUCCUCAUGUCAGCAGUCAUCAGUACGAUUUAUGUCACUAUCAUGUCGUCAUAUUCUGCACUUCAUAUAUCACCACCAUUAAACCAUAGGCCGGUCAGCUUUGCUAACAGUGAGUUGAUUUUCAAAGCCUUAAAAGAAACCAUUCUUACCUUCCUGAGAUCAGAGGUGUUUCUAUCAGCAAGAGGGCUCGUACUUGUUUACCUGUUUAUCUCUAGUGUUUCAGUGGAGAUUGUGAAGAAUCUGCAGAAAAAGAUUGUCAAAACCUUGUUCGGUUUUUUGGUUGCCCAUAUGUUGCUGCAACAUAUUUGCCGAGUUUUUGGAAAUCUGGGAAAAGUCACAAGAAGUGAAGCUCUAGAGGUUGGAGGAAAAAUGACCUCGUCUGGAGUAUUGUUAUCCCCAGUUUUAGAGUUGUACUUGUCAAAGAAUAGCUAG